UCCCUCCCUGCGCUCUCCUAAUAGAGACUCCAGUCGCGUUCGUUACUUGGGCUGUUCGGUGACCUUUGCCCAUCCCGCUGGACAUGGAUUCAAUUCGCGUAACGAAGGUCGAGGGAGUGUUCUGCACCAAGACGGGCAGCACAGCGUCUGGAACCGUGCAUCUGACCGCUCACCAUCUCAUAUUCCACUAUGAUGACACCGGAAAGGAGGAGAUGUGGAUCCCGUACCCCCUCAUCUCGCUCGUAACGCGCCUCCCGUUGAACCUACAAGGACAAUGUCCUCUCAUGAUCCGCACACGAACGUUCGAAACCACGACGCUAUUGUUUGCGCUGGAGGACAGCGCGAUUGACGUGUUCGACACGGUGAAGGAGCUCACCGUCGCGACGUCCGUAACGCAGUUAUACGCGUUCUACUAUGUGCCGAACCCUCCUUAUUCCGUCAACAAUGGAUGGUCACUUUACUCUCCAAGAGAAGAGUUCGGGCGAAUGGGGGUUGGUUCGCGCACGAAGGCAUGGAGAUUCACAGACAUCAACAAGGACUACUCGUUCUCCCCAACAUAUCCUGCACGACUUGUUGUCCCAACCCGUAUCAGCGAUACGACCUUGCAGUACGCGGUCAAGUACCGCAGCAAAGGUCGACUGCCCGCGUUGACCUAUCUUCACUGGGCUAACUACGGAAGCAUCACGAGGUCCAGCCAGCCGAUGGUCGGUCUGACGCAAAAUCGCUCAAUACAGGACGAGAAGCUCAUAGAAGCGAUCUUCCAAUCGCACUGGGCGCCCGACUCUCGAGCCUCUGCUGGUCCUGUGUACGGUGCCACAUCCACUAACAUCAUUGUCGAUGCUCGCCCUACCACGAACGCAAUGGCGAACACCGCGAAAGGUGCCGGUACCGAGAAUAUGGACAACUACAAGGAGGCCAGGAAGGCGUAUCUGGGCAUCGACCACAUCCACGUCAUGCGCGAUUCGCUCAACAAGGUCGUCGAAGCCCUGAGGGAGGCUGAAGUUGUCCCGGCGGUCGGCCAGAGCGACGCGUCCCCCGGCGAAGAACUCGGCGUACCUGUCUUGGACAGGCAGGCCCUGCGACGUUCUGGUUGGCUGAAGCACAUCUCUGCCAUCAUGGAGGGCUCGCUGCUCAUCGUGCGGAACGUGCAUGUGAAUUCCUCACACGUUCUCAUACAUUGUUCUGAUGGGUGGGACCGCACGGCACAACUCUCUGCGCUCUCUCAGCUAUGUCUGGAUCCUUUCUAUCGGACCGUGCGUGGGUUCCAAGUCCUCAUCGAGAAGGACUGGUUAUCUUUCGGCCACAAGUUCCUCGACCGAUGCGGACAUCUCUCUUCUGAGAAGUUCUUCCUCGCACCCGUGGAGAACGCGGGCAACGCGAGCGGUGCGGAAGCCGCCCAGGCUUUCCUGGCAUCCGUACAGAACAGGUUCGCCUCGCAGGGUCAUCUCAAGGAGACGAGUCCCGUGUUUCACCAAUGGCUCGAGUGCGUCCGUCAGGUGCAGCGGCAGUUCCCCGAGCGCUUCGAAUUCAACGAGCGGUUCCUUCGGCAACUACACUGUCAUCUUUACUCGUGCCAAUUCGGGACAUUUCUCUUCAAUACCGAGCGGGAGCGGCGCGUUGGCGAUGCUGGAAAUCCGCCGCCGUGCGAUCGGACGGUCAGCGUUUGGGACUUCUUCAACUCACCUCCGGAGAAUGAGUUAAACAUCAACCCCGAUUACGAUCCGUCUUUGGAUGAUCCCUCUCGUCGAGGGUCGGGCGCUGACAUGGGCGUACUCAUGCCCAAUCCAAAGGAUGUGCGCUUCUGGUAUCAGCUAUAUGGCCGUGCAGACGACGAGAUGAACGGGAGAUUCGUCACUCGACAACUUGCGCAGGAUCCCGAGUAUCACGGCCCUAUAGACACAGCUUCAGAUGAUCCUGUCAAUAACCCUGGUGCGACACCUUCGUCUGUCCCGCUUCCGCCCUCUCCUGGAACCAGCCCAUCCCCUAGCAUCGCGAUCGCGCAGCCGGAGACUCGUAGGACGGUUGACAGAAUUCCUUCGCCGUCGGGUCAUGCGUCCAGCUCGAUGAACCCAGGAUCACCCCGGACACGGCACGAGAGUAUGAGACGAUUUGAUCGCACUCUAACACCGCCCAACCGCACGACGCAACCUUCGCCUGUUCCCCCUCGAACUCCGUCGCCUUUAUCAACGCGAACAUAUUCGACAAUACGUCCGCAGGCCGGAAUGCCAUCUGCAGACCUAUUCUCAAGCGGCGGUGUGCGAUCGAUGUGGGGGCGGUUCUCUACAAAUGCGACUGCAGCUCUCUCGGCGGUGCAGGACGCCUACGGAGGCAUGGCGAAGGACUUCAAAGUGCUCUCACUGGGCGGGACCAGUCCUGGGGACGGACAAGGAGGCGAACUGAGGUCGCGGGAAGAGAUCGGUGCCUGGGGCGACUCUGGAGCAGAGCCCGAGUUAGCGCAACGGUCGUCGCCGCCCCGCUCUGCAGGAAUCCCGCAAACGCUGGGUGCAAGCACGAACCCUUGGGCGACGUCGCGGCCGAAUGUGCCCUCUGUGCUGCUGCACAACCCUUGGACCGCUGCAGACCCUCAGGCGCCUGAGCCGCCAGCGAAGGAUGUCGAUGUCUCACACCGUCAGGAAUCAUCAUCAUCAGGGGACGAUUCUCGCUUGCCGCUCGACCCCACAGUCGCUUUCCCCAGUUCGCCAGCGCCGCGUAUCCGUAGUACCGAGAGCAUCUCCCCGCAUCUUACGCCGAUAAUCUCGGACGCGGAAAGGUCGACACCCUCGUCUCACAAGCCGCCUUCUCCGUCUCCUGCUGCGCCAGCAACCUCUGCUUCAGACCCUCUGGGAGUCGGAGUGUGGUAGGUGGCUGUGGGUCAUGGCCAUGGAUGAAUAACUAUAGACACGUUCUGAUUCUCAUGUCAAAGUGUAUCUCUCACUCGUGCUCGGUUAUGUGAAAGAUGUAGCGAUACUGGUCCCAUGCCCCCGCUAUGUGUGCUUCUGAGAAUAUUGGAUAAGGGUGUGCGAGCAUGGGCUGAGCGUUCUGCGAACGUAAAUCGGCUGAGGAAAAUGGCCGCAUCGAACGAUGCACCGAAGGCGAGGAUG